AUGGUUGUCCUACAGUUAGCCUCGGUCCUCAUCUCUCUCCUGUGUUUUAGUGCCGCAGCACCACCAAUGGAGGACUGCAGUCAGCUGAACAAGUCUCUGACAAUGGAUGAGCUUGACAAGAUCUUGGGGAGAUGGAUCUUCAUUCAGGGGUUGGCUAAUCAUGAAACUAGCACUAUUGUGAAGACAAUGACACUGAAAACCUCAGCAAACAAUGACACCCUGUUGAUGGUACAGGAAAUCCAGUAUGAAGAGAAUGCCAUGUGCAUCCCCGUCCCAAUGAAUUUCACACUGUCUGGAAGUACAAUCCAACUUAAACGUGGGGAUUCCUCUAACACAGCUUACUUCCUGCAGAGCUGUACUGACUGUCUGGUGAUGUACACUUUAGACUCUGGCUUUGGAAAGAAAUAUGAAUUUCUAAAUAUCUAUGGGAGGACUGGGAACCUGACAGAGUCAGACCUGGAUCACACCAGGAAACAGGCCGAAUGUCUUGGGUUCGAACCUCUGCACAUGUUCAACAGUGAACCAGGUUCCUGCCCAACUCCUCAGAACCAGACCAGCCAUGUCAAAGAGGAAUAA